AUGGCCACAAACCAAACCAGGAAACCGCGGGUCGUGGCGCUCGGCGACCCCAGGUUCAUCGGGCACGACUACUUGGAAUCUUUCAAAAGAGAAUUCGAUUUCCAGAUUCUAGACGCAACAAAUCGCGUAGAGACUCAAGAGAGACUACCGAAACUAAUUGCGCAAUAUGGACAAGUGGAUGCCUUCAUUGUCCGUAUGGGCACGCCAGCUUACGAGCCGUUUGACGAGGAAUUACUCGGCGCCCUUGUGCCCCACUGCAAAAUCAUCACCAGCGCUUCAGCCGGAUACAAUGAGUUCGAUAUUGAUUGGAUGACUGAGAACAAGAUCUGGUUCUGUAACACAAUCGAUGCCGUCGCUGAAGCCACAGCUGAUAUGGCCGUGUUCUUGAUUCUGGCUGUGCUCCGAAAUACCACGGUGGCUGAGAGACAGGCCAGAGAUGGGACGUGGAAGCAAAGUAUUGUACCAAGCAAAGACCCUGCUGGACUGACUUUGGGUAUUGUAGGGUUGGGAAGUAUUGGAAAGGCGAGUCAUAUCCCUUCUCGUGGCAACUGA